UUUCAGAAGCAGAGCAGUGAGUGGAAACGCCGGUAAACCGACGGUGUCAACUCACCGUCUGUUCCUGUUCUGCUGAAGAACUACGGACUAGCGCUCUGGCUGCGGCUGCAUCUGAGCGGCUACUUCACAGACAUACCUGAACACACACUAACGGAGCGAGAUGACAGGAGGACAGAAGUUACACCAAGGCGAAGAGAGGAUGCUUCUUGGAACCUAACACAGGGACUUCUUUCUCUCUUUUAAGCCUUUUCGCUGCUUGGAAAAAUCCAGCUGUCUUGCAGAUGACCAGACAAGAGACUUAAAAGGGCCGACUUUCUUUUCUGGAGCUCGAAGAGCUUUUGAUGAGAGACGGAUGCUGAUAAACUGGAGUUGUUCCUUGCAGAUCAGCUCAGCCUGCGCGGAGGGACGGAGCUGCUGCUGAGGUUGCCAGUGUGGCCAUGGGACAGGCCAGGGUUUAGAUGAAGUUAGAAUUCCACCUCGUCUUCACUUCCACCUCUCAAGAGUAUGUUGAAGGCUUUGGCUGGGAUUUGUUUCCUUCAUCUGACUACAAUCUUCUUCCUUUUCUGGGCCACUAUCGAUGAUGCCUGGUGGUUUACAAGGACCCUGUACACAGACCUGUGGGGGAGGUGGGUGAUGGACAAUAACGAUGAUGUCUGGGUAUACAUGGACAUACCCACAUCUUAUCGCAAAGAUUACCUGCAGGCAGUGCAGGCCUUUGCAGUGUUGGCCUGCCUCUUCGCAGUCCUCUCCUUGUGUAUGUUCAUAUUCCAACUCUUCACAGUGGGGAAAGGACAGAGGUUCACCCUCACAGGUGUCCUGCAGCUGAUCUCAUGCUUCUGUAUCAUGGUAGCCCUGUCAGUCUACACGGACCACUUCCACAGAGGCGAGAAGGAUGGCUGGUACGGCUGGUCGUACAUCAUGGCCUGGUUCGGCUGGCUGCUAACCCUGCUCACUGGUGUCAUCUACAUCAUCCUGCGCAAGAGGGUGGAUUAAACCACAAUCACUGGAUUAAACCAUGACUCGGAUUAAAGGAACUACUUUGUCUAAUAAUGCUAACAUUGUUAAUAAUAGAUGAAAGCUAGUAUGAGCUAGUUAGCAAACACAUUCAGGCUAGCAAGUUCCUGUUAGCUUUCAUUUGUUGUUAGCCACAUUAGCCUUUUAGAAUAAGUGUCCCUUCUGGAGUCCAAUUGCCAGAUUAGAUUUCAAAGAGGGCAAAGAUUAAGACUAGUCUACACCAAAAUGUUAUUAGUAGCUAUACUCAGCUGAAAAUCCUGUUUAGGCCAACCAUGGGGUCACAUCUGUGUCUAGUAAACUGGACCCUGGUGUGCUUGUGUCAGAUGUAUUUCUGUCUCUGUGGAUUUGCUGAUCCUCAGAUCACGAAUACAUCAAAGCGUCACAGCGUGUAGGCUACUCAAUUGCUUACAUGCACUGGACAAAAGAAACAAAUGCAAUCAUUUUGCAAAAGCUUGAUAUAAAAAAGUAAUAAAUCCUGGAUUACUUACUGUAGAUGUGUCAGCUGUUACAAGCAAGUAAUGAUCUCAUCAGAUACUAAUGUGGGAAUUCACAACCAAACCAGAGUUUCGGCAAAAAUUGUUGCAUUUAUAUUUUUCUUCAGUGUGUAGAGAUCAUUAUGGAGUCUUUUCUACCAAGAACUUAAACAGAAGGCUCAUGUGGCAUAUAGUAAAAAAGUUAAGGUUGUUUCGUUUGAAGGGAAAUAUAAGUUAAGCAAAUUGUCUUUCAAAGAUGACAAGUCUUGGAAAUGAUGAAUUAUGGAUACUUAUAGCACAAGCUUUUUCCUCAGAAAAACACCUAGUUAAUCAAUUACUAAGUUAAUUAAGCAUUCAAUAGCAUUAAAAGAUUUUACUGUACUAAGUACAAAGAAAAAAAGAUGCUCAUUUCCCUUGAAUGAAACAAAUCAAAAGACAAAGUGGCCCAAAAAGUGAUUAAAAAUGAAAGGAAUUCUCCAUCCACAAAUGCUAACAUGGCUAAUGAGAAAUGAAAGCCAGGGAAGAUGAUUUAUCAAAAUUUGAUGUGCAUUAUGUUAACUGGAGCUUGCCAGUUCCCAUGUAUUACCAAUGUCCUUUAAGAAGAAGAGUGAGAAAUAUAAGAAGUAGGUUAUGCAAAACAAGGUGUAAAGAAAAUGUAUCUAAUGUGUAUAUAAAGAUGAACUGUAUAUAUAAAUCAUAUAGAGACAUUAUAAGAAUGUAGUUUUGAAAAAAUACCUGAAGAUACGCAUACAAGAGUAUUUGUAGAGCCACCAAUCAUUUCUAUCCAAAGGUCACAGCAUAUUGUUUUUUUUUUUUUGCACUAGUCUUCUUCUUUGCUCACUUUUAUUUCAGUGGUUUCGACUGUUUAUGUUAUGCCAUGUUGGAUUAUUUUAUUUUUCUAUAGAUUCGUGAGAUAUGGGCUCAGGGCCAAUAUAAGUUUAAGAGUAAUGGUUUAUGUCGUCUAUCUUACAGUCUGGUGCUGCAACAACUUUCUGUACUUAAACUGUCUUAAACUUCAAUGUUAGUGCUAAACACAGUACAGGAAGAUCGUUUUAAAUCGACAGGCUUUUUAACACCUUAUUGUAAACUAUACGCUUUUACCAUAUCGUGGAAAAAACAGAAGUUCGUCACCCCAGGUAUUGGUUAUGAUAUAGUUCUCAUUGAUGCAGUCAUGCCACCACUGUACCUGUUGUAAAGAGCACUGUUGUGAAAGCUCAUGAAUGUUCACAUGGUCCUGUGAUGACACAGAGCACCCUAGAACCUGGGUUUUAAUCUAGAAAGCCAUGGAAUGAUGAAGGAAUAAACAAGAGAGAUUGUAGUUUUGCCAUUUUUAUUUGAGCUAAUAUAUCAUUGCUGUCAGAAACUUGUAUCUCCAAAAUGGUAACAUUACAGCAGAAGGUAAAAAUAUCCUUUAAUGUAAUGUACACCAUACGAACACCAUAUGACAGACAUUUUCUUGAUAGGCAGUAUUUAGUGUAAUAUAAUCAGUAGUGCCACAUUUAAAAAAAAAAAACUAUCACAAACUAUGAUUAUAAUAGUAUUAAACAAUUCCCACACU